CGUCACGGCCGAGGAAAUUGGCUUUGUCCUCCUCAGCGAAGAAGAAGACGGUGACCUGCGCCGAGUGCCCGCCCUUAGAACCUUAAAAACUCAAGUUCAUUUUUAUUUGUACUAUGAGUAAUGUACCCACCCACAAUGGAGUAGGUCUAGAGCAGCAGUUUGCUGGUCUAGGCUUGGAGGGGCGAGACCACAUUGGUCAACGUGGAGGCGGGCGGGGCAGUGGCAGUAGGGGAGGUGGCCGCUACGUCCCACCCCACUUAAGGAAUCGCCUAGAGGACGCUCCACCCCCAGAUACUUCAGAUAGGAAUUCUAGGGACGGUUUCGGUGGUUGGUAUGGUUCCCGAGGGUCCCAAGACUCUGGUCGUGGUUGGGACCAGGACAGAGACAGAGACAGAGACCGAGACCGAGACCUAUACAGCUACAGUAAGUGCGUAGGCCCUCCUGCCUUUUGGGGUAUCUACAGUCCUCCGUUACCUUAUGGUAUCAUGCAGCAAGGUGGACGGAGGAACGGGGACUACCAGCCAAGUUAUCAGCAGAGAGAUAACAGAGGAGGAGGAGGAGGUGGUGGUGGCUACAGGAACAAUGAUGGUCAGCGCUUCAGGGAUCACGAUGACCGCUGGAGGGGAGGACGAGGAGACAACCGCAGGGAUGACCGCCGGGGUUACGAAGACCGUCGGGACAUAGGAGGGAGUGGCCCUCCGCGCAAUAAUAGAUGGAUCGAAGAUGAUCGUGACCGUGGCUCUUCAGGUGGCCAGGGAGGCGGCCGAUGGCAGGACCGUGGAAAUGACAGAGACGACUGGUCACAGCCUCUUGCCAGGAAUGAGGUCCUUGAGGCAGAACUCUUCAAUAAUGUAGGUCCAUCAACCAACAGUGGAAUCAAUUUUGAUAAGUAUGAUGACAUUCCCGUGGAGGCAACUGGCGAAGACAUUCCUCCUUGUAUCAAUAGCUUUGGCGAUAUCAAACUCACAGAGAUCAUCAAACAGAACAUUAAUAUGGCUCGAUAUGACAGGCCCACACCAGUCCAGAAAUAUGCCCUGCCCUUCAUUCUUGCAAAGAGAGAUCUGAUGGCAUGUGCUCAAACAGGGUCAGGAAAGACUGCUGCAUUCUUGGUCCCCAUCCUUAACCAGAUAUAUGAACAGGGUCCAGUCCAGGUCAAAAACAACAACCCAAGAGGACGUAAUAAGCAAUACCCCCUGUCUUUGAUUUUGGCCCCCACUCGUGAGUUGGCCACCCAGAUCUAUGAAGAGGCUCGCAAAUUCUCUUAUCGGGCCCGAGUUCGUCCAUGUGUGGUGUACGGUGGUGCUGAUGUUGUGUCACAGAUGAGAGAUCUGUCCCGUGGCUGCCACCUAUUAGUUGCCACCCCAGGACGUCUGGCUGACAUGAUUGACCGUGGAAAGAUUGGUCUUGAUUAUUGCAAGUACCUGGUACUCGAUGAGGCUGACCGCAUGCUGGACAUGGGUUUUGAGCCUCAGAUUCGCCGUAUUGUUGAGGAGGACAACAUGCCUCCCACUGGCCAGCGCCAGACUCUUAUGUUCUCAGCUACCUUCCCCAAGGAAAUCCAGCGACUUGCUCAGGAUUUCUUGGACAACUACAUUUUCUUGGCUGUGGGUCGAGUUGGUUCCACUUCAGAGAAUAUUACACAAAAGAUUGUCUGGGUGUCAGAGGAUGACAAGCGAUCCUUCCUUCUUGACAUCCUUAAUGCUGCUGGGUUAGAUCGUGCAACUGAGGCCAAUAAAGGUUUCAUUCCAGAUGAUAAAAUGGCCAUGGGUGUACCCCCUCGCAGAGAAGAAUCCCUGACGUUAGUGUUCGUUGAGACCAAAAAGGGUGCAGAUGCCCUUGAGGAGUUCUUGUACCGUCAUGGAUACCCCGUGACAAGCAUUCAUGGUGACCGAAGCCAACGUGAGCGAGAGGAUGCUCUUCGUGUCUUCCGCUCUGGCCAGUGCCCCAUCCUUGUGGCAACUGCUGUGGCAGCUCGUGGUUUGGACAUUCCACACGUUAAGCAUGUCAUUAAUUUUGAUCUGCCAUCAGACAUUGAGGAAUAUGUUCACCGUAUCGGUCGAACUGGUCGUAUGGGUAACCUUGGCCUUGCCACUAGUUUCUUCAAUGACAAGAAUCGUAACAUGGUACGAGACUUGGUAGAACUCUUACAAGAGGCCAAACAGGAGCUUCCCAAGUGGCUAGAAGCCAUUGCCUCUGAGGCACGCUUUGGGGGUGGAGGAGGACGAGGCCGCGCAGGAGCCAAGCGCUUCGGUGGAGGCUUUGGAUCCCGAGAUUACCGUCAGGCCGACCGCAACAAGGGCCCCCACACGGCAGGGCCUGCUCGUCCAGGUGGAGGAUUCAACAGCUUUGGUGGAGCUGCUCCACACUUCAAUCAUUAUGGAGGGUACGGAGGUUUCAGUGGAAGCCAAGGCUACAAUAGCUACAACACCUCUGGCGCUUCAGGGACAGACUGGUGGGGGGGUAACUGAGCCCUGGCAGCAGGAUCUGUGGCACCUUGCCACCUUGUGCAACACUUGUUACACCUGGGACUGUACCAUUAGUGGAAGUGCAGUGUUUGCUUUUUCUUUAGUUUAGACAGGGUAGUGUAAACCCUCAUUAGUAUAUAAGGUAUUUCUGCCACCGCAGGAAGUGUUUGUUAAUUAGCAGUUUACCUAUACUGACAUGUGUAAGAGGUCAGUCUUAAAGAAUGGAACAUGCUUGAAACUGGAUAUUAUCAUUAUUUGAAAGACACUCCCAGAAUUGUGUAUUGCUUUAUAUUGUAACCCGUACUUGUACCCAGUAACAAGUGACCACAAAGUGGCAUAGAAAGUUUCAGCAGCAGUCAAACUUUUUAAGUGUUGUUAAUGCCCAUAACCUGCUGUCUUAAAGGAAAUGUGAACCACUUAUGAUGCGGGGUUCUCUUUUUAAGCUUGAAGUUUCGGUAUGUCACAGGCUUGGAACUUUUCUCUGAAUACUUGACCUUAGACUUGACUGAGCAAAUAUCUUGAUGUUUUUUGUCAGGAAGUCUGCAUCAUACCAAAUAAUACUGACUUUAUUUAGAGGAGAACAUGUAUGUUUCUAAUGCUUUUUUGUGUGAUUAUUAGCAAUCAAGAGGGGGGGCUAAAUAGUAAAUGUAGCCCCAUCUCAACCUUUAGCAUGGAGCUUAAACUUCCAUGUUCCACUGUGUAGCACUGAGGACUUUGUAGACCCUUUUUUUCAAGUUACAUGUGAUACAGAGAUGAUGCAGAAACUGAGGUCAUUUGUGAAUAAUGUUUUAUCCCUAUGAUGCCCCACAUUGCCAGGAUUGGGCUGCUGUUAACUUUUGUGUCUAAUAUGUAAUGUAGCAGUUGUGUUGCUGGGUGAGAUGUAGUGAAUACAGCCUCAGCAAAAUCAUUAAACAUUGGAAAAUCACUGAACCGCCCAGGCAACGGCAACAUGCACUCUGUUGCGUUCAUUAAGGUAUUAUAAUUGUAGACUUCUGUAGCAUGGCUUUUGGGAAGUUUAAUUGAUGAUUUGAUAUUUUGCCGUCCCUUUUGAUUGUUGUGUUGAAUGAGCCUCUGGAGCAGCUGUGAUUGCAGUUAUUUCAAAUUUACUUACUUGUUGCUCAGAAGGAACACUUAACUUUAUAACUUGUCUGGAUUACAUUUGGACUUAUUCCAAAUGAGUUAUGUUUUUAAAGACUUAAGGGAUUGAUUCCUAAAGAGGCUCUGCAUGGAGAUGUGUCUUUGUCUCUCCUUCUGGAUUUUGAAGACCCACCAGUUUUUUACUUUAGUUCGGUUGGACUCGGGUGCUGGAUACAGCAUCCUCUACACAGUAGCGGCCAGAGCCGCAACACGUGGCCGCAGCAUCACUCAAGCCUGGUCUCCUGAAGGCAGUGGCUAGCAUUGUUGCAGUAAUGAUCCAUCCCUGAGUCAUACAAAUCACCUGACUAAUCUCAGGGCAUAGGCUUACCCAGUGUUCGACAAAUGUGUUCCUGUCUGGUAAUGUAACAAACUGGGCAGGGAGGCAUCGCUGAUAAGCAGCAGCGAUGCAUUUGAUGCAUCUUAUAUAGAAUCGCUGUGGCACAUUGCAGCCUUCUUAGAUAUUAAGUCAAACUAAUGUAAAUUAUGGGAAGGCCGUGUGUGCCUGGACUCACUUUGGCGAACACUGCCAUUAUUACUGUGAUAUUGUUUGAUGCCCGUGAUGAGGCGGGCAGUAGGGUGCGGGGCCAGGUUUGGGUUGUGGCAGAGAGCGCCCCCGGCAGAGGGCUGCCAGCUCUUCCCUGGCAAGCACUAGCAGGGUUGCAGCAAGUACUGGUAACAGUCAGAGGUACAGCCCACAUUCCACUUUUAUCAUGAUCCUCCACAAAAUGGUUAUAUAGUUAUAUUUCUUGUAAUCUCAGUCAUAGCCUGAGUAUUGCCAAAGAUAUGUUAGUUUGUAUGUUCAUGUACAAAUGUCUUUAUUUAGUGAUCCAUAUUUGUUAUUAUAGAUGCUGACAUAAGCAGUCAUGCUUAUGCUCACCUCAGACUAACUCUAGUCGGUGAUGGCGCGCUGUUCCUCAUUGUAAACAGGCAGGAGUGUGUGUGUGUGUGUGCAAGAAUUUGGCUCCUGGUUCCCAGUGAACAAAACUGAUUGCCCAUAGAUCUGAAUGUUUGGGCAUUUCUCAUGUUAAUAUAUCUCAUCAGCUCCUUGUAUCACGGUGCUAGAAUUUAAUAUAUUGUCCAGGAGCUUUGAUCAGGUACAAAGUUGGUAGCACAAUGAUCUGUCAAGAAGAUAUUUACUGUGUUCACAAAUAAUUUGGUGUUUUAAUAUAAGCACUGCUCCUGCUCCCAAGUAUGGGAAGCUGCAUUGUUAGCUAGGGUAUUUAAACUAUAAAUUGUGCAAAAUUUUAACUACUCAUGGUACAAUGAUUUAUAAAUGUACAGAUUGUGCAUUUUAUGUAACUGCUUGUGUGGGAUUCUAGCCAAACAAAGACUGUAGGAGUUUUCAGAUUGUAUAAAGUAGAAAUCAAUGUACCAACUUAAAUUGAUCCUGGGGCACUGGACGUGCUUCAUAAUCAGCUAAGUGACACUUAAAGCAUGUGGAGAUACCGGUAACCUACACAUGAGGUUGCCAGGGAACCUCCUGCUACUGCUGCCAACUAUACCAUGAUGUUCAAUGGUUUGAAAGGUAGUAAAUAGUGGCAGUUAUUAGUAUUAUAAUAUGCUGUACCUCAGCUGAAGUAUGUUAUGGUGAAGUUGUUGGCAGUGGCAAGAGGUACCAGGGAUCAACUUUCCACCAAGGAAGAGCAAUGUCAUCUUCCGGGCCCUGCGAGAGCUUGAUUAGCUCUUCCGGGAGGUCAGGAAGUGGUCCUCAACAUUUCCCAUGGAAAGAAAGUGUACCUAAUAUUGGGGAAAUAUACGGGGGGGUCUCUGCGCCAAAUAUUGUGUAGAUAAAAUGUACUGUCUUUUUAUACAAGAUUGCAAGCUAUUUUUUAUUUCUCUCAUUUCUAGAGAUUUAAGGAGAGAUCUCACAUUGAUAGGGAUGGCAAAUUGAAAGUCUACUACUAUUAUAUUCACUCUGGCAUUUAGAACAUUUAUGAACUAGAGAUGUACUCAAGCUUUCUUAAAGUCAAAUAAAAACAGUAAAAUAUUA